AUGGAUGACGCUGAUAAGCCUGAUCCCGUCCUCAAACAAGUACCACUAAUCAAAAACCCUUCCUAUCAACCACCAAAGGCUAUAUCGUUGAGAGCCAACUACAGCAAACUCUUGCCGACAUUGUCCCAAACUGUCAUUCCGCCAAAUCUCAACAUAUCAAAGGAGGACAUUGACAAAUGGAUCAAUGACUUAGACCAGCUCAAAAAUAAGAUUGCGAAUGAGCUGGGAACGGAUGAUUCUGUGAAAAGUUAUGAGUCCUGGAUCAAAGAACAGACCACCAAAGUUGCACCGGGGUUCGACUACAAUAUUCUCACCCCAAAGAAGUGA